AAUCACGUCCUUUGUCACGUGAACUCGAUCACGUACUGAGCGCUCAGACCUACGGCGGAAGUCUGUAUUCAUUUCCGGAGUUUGUUGCCGGAAGGGAGAAAUUGUAGCAGCUGGAAUCGGUAAGAAGUGAUAUUGUUGACAUUAUUGGCCUAAUUUAAAAUUACCACAGUGGAUGGUCAACUGCUUUGACCUCCAUUAGCCAUGGCUUAUCAACUCUACAGGAAUACUACUCUGGGUAACAGUCUUCAGGAAAGCUUGGAUGAGCUAAUACAGUCUCAGCAGAUCAACCCUCAACUUGCACUUCAGGUUCUGCUACAGUUUGACAAGGCUAUUAAUUCAGCAUUGGCACAACGCGUCAGAAACAGAGUCAACUUCAGGGGAUCGUUAAAUACCUAUAGGUUUUGUGAUAACGUAUGGACCUUUGUGUUGAACGACGUUGAGUUCAGAGAGGUUACUGACCUAGUGAAGGUGGAUAAAGUUAAAAUUGUCGCCUGUGAUGGAAAAAUUUCAUUCCUUGGAUAAAUUCAAGUUGGGCAACACCGGUUCAAACACUGCAGAGUAAGAGAAAUGGAAUAUUUCUCCAAAUGGUUUCUGUUGGUCAGCGGCCUUUCCAACAAUAUCAUGGACACGACUGUUUAUUUAUUUCUGUGAUACAGCCAAACAAAGCUAUCCUACAACAUUCACUCAAGAUUUGGAGGAUUUCUUUUUCUAUGUACAUGUAGCACACAAAGCUUCCUAUAAAAGGUUUUUUUGUUUUUUUUAAUACUAAAUGUGAAAUUGCCUUUUUUUUUUUCUUUUUUUUUUCAACAUGUCUAAUAAAAUUUUAUUUAACAAAAGGAAAAUGUAUCCUUAAACUAUAUAUUUAGGGAUUUAAUUUCAAUUCUGUAAAACUGUGCGCCACAUUGACUGCAGAGGAUUAAAGCAAUACCAACACGU